AUGGGCUAUCGGGGCUACGCAGAUGUCACCGCUGUCACCACAGAAGAGAUUCCACUCGAUGAGGACCUUCUUGGCAGUUUCUGCCGGCGAGGUCGAAGACGGUUAAGGGAACUUCAGGAGGCGACUCAAACCAUCGUAAGACUUGAUCGUGCCCGUGGCUGCCUUUCCGUGACCGGUACAGAGUCGUGCAUCUCCGUCGUCAAGCGACACUUAGCAAGCCUGGGUGGCCCUCGGCGGGAUGUCGGGGCGCCUGCGGAGAGUGGAUGCAGAGUCCACAUCGAGCGACAGCAACGGGAAGUGCGGCUUUUCGGGCCUGUAGACUCCGUGGCGCUUGCGGAGAGCCUUUUGAAGGAACUCGAGGAGGAAUGCUGCGAAGACGUGGUUUUGGAAUCCUUGGACACAGAGACAGAUCUGGAGACGCUGCAAGCUUCACUCGAGCCUCUAGCAAUGGACCACAAUGUAACCUUGUGCAUCGACAAGAGCCUAGGCCUCAGGGUCUUCGGACUCAAGGCCGCUGUAAAGGCGGCUUCAGCGGAGCUGAAGGAACUUCUGGCGCCAACCCAAACCUUCUCGAGCUUGGAGGAUCGCCUCAGGAGCCGCAGCAUCCGAAAUAGCGAGUCGGAGCGCAUUGGGGUGGUCUUGACCCAGAUGCCACCGGAAAGGGCACACUCCCAGGCGCCGCACUCCCAAAAUGGGAACGGGCCGAAUUCGGCCCAAACCUUGGCCCAAGCUUCCAAGUCAGCGCAGGGACCCGGAGCCUCCCAGUCCUUGCACAGCAGCCUGCACGUGGAGCCGCUCAUGGGCUCCAGGCGGGGAGUCCGUUGCCCGACCUGCGGCUGCGGCCGCUUCUGCGGCGUCUGUGGAUCUGAGAUCUGGCAGCUGGGCGUCCUGGCGCCGGCACCGGUCCAAGUUCAGAGCAUGGCAGGCCUCAGUGGCUUCAAGAACGACGACACGCCAGGGACGCCGGACCCUUACGAGAGUCAUCCAUACGAAUACGAGAUGCAAGGGCAAAUGCCAGUGAUGGAGGCUCAACCAAUGAUUCCCAUGUACUCAGUAAGCCAGUGCGGAGCUGCACCCUACAUGAUGCUAGUGCCCAUGGCCACAAACACGAUGCAGAACUCCAAUUCUCAGCAGCCUUUCAUUUCGCAAAGUGCUUCUGCAGAGUAG